AUGAUUCACCUGUCAGCGACGACAUUGCUGAUGCUGCAGUUCGUCCAGCUGGUUCCCAGUAUCCUGUCAUCGAAUCCAACUGUCACUCAGCCUCACCCAGUUGACAAUUUCGAGGGGCUCAGCACCCUGUCCAAACAUUUCGACAGCCCGUCUACUGGUGACUAUAGUUCCGACUACAAUUCCGCAUCCAACAACGCCACAAGGAUUCUACGGCGUGGCAAGCGUUAUCUCCAAUUCAGCAAGGGAUCACGUAUGUCGUGGCGAACCAAUGGCAAGAACAAUCUCUGGACCAUCAACACGAUGUGGGCCUACGGCUAUGGCUUCCGAGCCAACUAUCCCUUCCCGUCCAUCGAGGAGCAGAAGAAGGAUAAUGCCGUCUUCUUUCGCCUGUUCAAAAGGGACCUCUUCUCUAAACUGGAGAAUGCUCUGGAUGGACAUGGCUUUGAUGGCCGAGCUUGCAUGUUGAAAUCAUUCUGCACCGCCUUGAACGAUGUGGAUAGCCCAAAACAAAAGAGCGGAAUGCUCUUCAAAAUUCUCAAGUUGAUAUUCAGUCGAGCCAAGAGAUAUCUUGAUAUUAUAGAGGCCACUCGAAUAUUUGUGGGUACCUAACGGGACUUAUGUUCCACUUUUAAGUUCCGGGUUAAUGCCAAAAACAAUGUGAUCUCAUCGCCGACUGUGUGGGCCCAUGGCUAUGGCUUUCGAGCCAAUACCCCCGUGUUGGUCAAAAGGGAGAACCGACCCUUUCGCAGGGAUACUUAUGAGUUGCUCCACGAACUGAUAGAUAGAAGUGGCCUGGAUGGGCGGGCCUGUGUUCUCAAGGCCUAUUGCACCGCCCUGGCCGGCGAUCAUGGUCAGGGAUUUCUGUUUAAGCUACUGAAAUACGUAUUUACCCUGGAUGAGCACGACAAGCGGCAUAUGCCGCAUCUGCGGGAGGAGAACUGCGAACAAAUCAUGCACAGCCAUUGUCCCUUGAGUUUCGACAGCAUAUCACCAUAUACGGACGAUGUUUAA